AUGCCUGCACUCCGCAAAGAAGAUUUCACGAUCGUCAUCAAGCCCAGAGUGACGAUCUUCCUGAAGACGGCCCUGCAGAACGUGCCCUCGGGUCCUGUCACCACUUCGAAAGCUCCCACGCCUAGCAACAAGAAGACGAAAGGCACAACCGUACCAACGCCACCGGCGGGCACCUUGCCUGGACGUGCCCCCAAGUCUCCUCGGUCCACUAACCCGAAAGCGUCACGGGAUCAAGAUGCCCCUACAUUCCAGGACGGGGAUUUCCCGGCUCUCCAGGGCCCUCCGUCUGGCGCACAAAAGAAUACGUCUCAGUCCAAGGUAGGCAGCCGAGACGGGCCUCCUCCGCCUCCCCGCACUCCCCUACCUUCUCCCCCACCAAAGCUUCCUCCUCAUCCACCCCUUAAUUCUGACGUCGCGGACCUCCGCCGCGAGCUCGAGACUCUCCGGGCGCAAAAUGCUCAACUUAACGCCAAAAUUCACGCGCUAGAAACGGCUCGGUCCUCCCCGCCCCCAGCCCAGGUAGCUCCGGGACCGAUGCAAGUAGUGCCGGCGGACCCGACACACUCUAGCUCCGACUUGCGUGUCACCGCCCUCGAAAACGCCCUUGCCGAGUAG